UUGGCUGGAAUGGGGGCGUUUCAUCGGUUUGGCGGUUCCUGGUUUCAUGAUGGUCGCUCUGUCUUGGUGGUGUAUCCAGUUCAUUGUUGCACUGACGGGUUAUCUUGGUAAGGUACAGUUAGCAGCUCAGGCCGUCCUCUUUCAAAUUGUCACCACGUCCGACAUGGUGUCCUAUGGGAUGUCCACGGCCGCUGGCAUGCGUAUAGGCAAUCUACUUGGAAGUGGUGACCACGUGGCUUGUCAGACAGCCUACUCCGCUGCAAUAGUGCUGUCAGGAAUCACAUCUGCAUUGCCGGGUUCGGUACUUACAAUAUUUAGAAGUGUGAUAGCUCAUGCAUUUACAGAAGAUAGUGAAGUUGCUGAUCUCGUGACGCAAGUUCUGCCCAUCCUGACCAUCUACCUAUGCAUAAAAAAUGUAGUUACUGUAUUAGGCGGAGUUGUAAGAGGUAUUGGGCACCAACGGUUUGGAGCUUGUGUCACCUUCCUGGCAUACUAUGCCAUACUCACUCACUAUUCCUAUAUUGUCCUUAUGAUUAUAUUUCCCCUCCAGACUGUAUUAGGCGGAGUUGUAAGAGGUAUUGGGCACCAACGGUUUGGAGCUUGUGUCACCUUCCUGGCAUACUAUGCCAUACUCACUCACUAUUCCUAUAUUGUCCUUAUGAUUAUAUUUCCCCUCCAGACUGUAUUAGGCGGAGUUGUAAGAGGUAUUGGGCACCAACGGUUUGGAGCUUGUGUCACCUUCCUGGCAUACUAUGCCAUACUCACUCACUAUUCCUAUAUUGUCCUUAUGAUUAUAUUUCCCCUCCAGACUGUAUUAGGCGGAGUUGUAAGAGGUAUUGGGCACCAACGGUUUGGAGCUUGUGUCACCUUCCUGGCAUACUAUGCCAUACUCACUCACUAUUCCUAUAUUGUCCUUAUGAUUAUAUUUCCCCUCCAGACUGUAUUAGGCGGAGUUGUAAGAGGUAUUGGGCACCAACGGUUUGGAGCUUGUGUCACCUUCCUGGCAUACUAUGCCAUACUCACUCACUAUUCCUAUAUUGUCCUUAUGAUUAUAUUUCCCCUCCAGACUGUAUUAGGCGGAGUUGUAAGAGGUAUUGGGCACCAACGGUUUGGAGCUUGUGUCACCUUCCUGGCAUACUAUGCCAUCUGUCUGCCUCUGGGGCUCCCCUUAAUGUUUCUAACAUCGCUGGGCAUUGCAGGUAUUUGGAUUGCCUAUUGUGUCUCCACUGCGUCCUUAGGCGUGUGCUUCCUCGUCAGACUCAACAAGAUUGACUGGAAGGAAGAAGUAGUCCUGGCCCAGGCACGUACAGGCGCAAACAGAAAUUGCUCCGAGUUGAAUGGCGGUGACUACUCUCCAUUGAUUCAAGAAGACUGUACCAGUGAUGAUGAAGACUCCUCGGAUGAAAAUCCAGCCCGUAUCAACGAGUCAAGGGUCAACGUGAAGAGAAUAAUUGUGUCCCGACUAAUAUUAGUACUUUCUGUUAUUGGCAUUCUUGCCUUUGGCAUCAUAGUAAGGACUAUGCAGGGAUACUCGCAUUUUCCGGAGAGCGUCGCUGUUCUUGGACUGCCACAGAAUACCUUGGAAACUCCCGGUGCCAAUCAGACUGAACCCUUCACAACUCUACAUGUGGCAGACAAGACAGACCUAGGGAAUAUCACUGUGGAAUAGAAGCAUGUAGGUUUAUAACCGAAGGACGGUGUGGGAUAAUGGCCAUUGGUGACCCAUGGGCUAUGCAUUAAGAAAUGAGAAAAAUCGGCACUAAUCAUCAUUUAAGUUAUCAGAAGUAUUUAUAUGAAUGAGAAUUUCAACAAUUGUAUGUGUGGGACAUACUAAAUGCAUUGGUGUAGCAAAAUUUGCUGAUUUUAGAGCUUUUAUCCCAAUCAGAAUGACGGAAUAUCCCAAUCAGAAUGGUGGAAUGUCCCAAUCAGAAUGACGGAUUAUCCCAAUCAGAAUGACGGAAUAUCCCAAUCAGAAUGACGGAUUAUCCCAAUCAGAAUGACGGAAUAUCCCAAUCAGAAGGGCAGAAUGUCCAAAUCAGAAUGACGGAUUAUCCCAAUCAGAAUGACGGAAUAUCCCAAUCAGAAUGACAGAAUAUUCCAAUCAGAAUGACGGAAUGUCCCAAUCAGAAUGACGGAUUAUUCCAAUCAGAAUGAUGGAAUGUCCCAAUCAGAAUGACGGGAUAAUGAAAGUAUAGACUCAUGUUGACGGAGGCUAAAUUUGAAACAAACAAGAGAUGAUUGAUGUGUUUCAUACGGACAUCACAGUUGUGUUUUGGACCUUACAUUUGCCGUGUUUCGGCGACUGUUCUCAGAUUGUAACGUUUUGAUAACGUUUGUAAUAAUUUGGUCAAAUCCAAUUUUCAAGUGUAUACUUUCUUUUACCCGUAAAUUUAGUUAAUCCUAUAGAUUUUUCAUUUCUAUAUGCAAGUGACGUCUAAAUUUUAUGGUGUUUAAUAAAUGGUUGAAAUUCAACUGGGACUCUGUACAUUUGCAUGUAGAAGAUCAAACUAGAAUAUCAAAAGAUGGUGAUAUUAAUAUCAUGGCAAUGUGACCGCCCAUUGCUUAAAUUAACAAGAAACUUAAUUCCACGUGUUGUUUGAGUGCAUUUUUUUAUAUGUUAAAGGAAGAAGUAGAUAUUUACUCUAUUUCUAUGUUCAGACAUGUGUAAAUAUUAUGAAUACCAUAAAUGCUAAAAUAAUCUAAGUUUAGCUAUUUUUGUUAAAUAAAUAUGAAUUAUUAAAAGUAACUUCCUGAGGAAAUAAGUGAAUUGAAUUAUACCAAGUGCUAUGAAUACUUCUUGUAAACAUGAUAUUGUGCUGUUGGUCUCAUGGCCGAAAUACGAAUAUACAUGUACAUAUUUUAUAUAUCUGAUGUACAGUAGGAUUAUGCAGUUUAAGUCAUACUCUAUUUUAUCAUUUCAAACUUUUUUAAGAUUGUCAUCUUGCAUGAAUACAAUCUGCAUAGAGUAAAGUCCAUUUUCAUGUCGUCCAAUAAAGUAUUCGGUAUCCUUAAUGGAACUUAGUUUAUAGAUAAAAGGUUAAGGAAUUAAUGGUUUGUUGUAAUAAUAUCUUCAUUCAAAUGUAAAAUGACAUCCUUCCAAAAUGGGU